AUUGAAAUUAGCGCAGAGAAAAAAAAUUAAUAAUUAGGCGCGAUUAUAAUAUCUAUAGAAUAUGGACUCUGCGGUAUUAUGUUUUUUAUGCACCAAAGACAGCAACCAGAAUAACGAAUUUUACGACGUAAGCAAUGCUGUGGUACCAGCAUCGCAAAAGCCACUUCAUAUAGUCUUACAACAUUUGGCGAAUCGUAUUAAAUUCAAAUUAAUCUUCCAAAAUGGAACGUUCGUUUGCAGUGAAUGCUUUAAGGAGCUGAGUGAUUAUGAUAAUUUAAUGCUCAAUCUGCUCACAUCUCAAAAACUUUUAACUAACCGAUUACAAAAUGCUUUAAACGAUAAGCCCGAGGUAGUAUCGGAAGAUGGUCAGGAUUACGAAAUUGAAUUGGAAGUUGAAGAAGAUGCAACAAUAGAAGAUGCUUUUAAUCCGGAAUUAGAUACAAAAGAAGAACUAAUUGAAGUCGAUGAUAAUGUUAUCGUAGAAGAGUUCAUAGAUGACGGAUCAAAUAAUAGCAAUAUUCCUACAUCAAAUGAUGAAACCGAAAACGUAGCGGGAGAACGAAAACGCUGUAAAAGAGAAUGCUUGGCCUGUGAAGAGGUAUUCAAAUCAAAUUAUCAAUUACAAAAUCACAUCAAUGAAGUGCACAACAAUAGACAAUUCAUAUGCAAGAUAUGCGGGGUAGCACGUAAAGACGAGGAAUACUUGGAAUUGCAUAUGAAUAUACAUCAGGGUAAGACAGAGAACCAGUGUCGCUAUUGUCCCAAGGUAUUUUCACGUCCAGUAAACACAUUACGACAUAUGCGCAUUCAUUGGGACAAAAAGAAAUUUCAAUGUGAGAAAUGUGGUGAACGUUUUUCAUUAGACAACAUGCUUUACAAUCAUAGAUUGCGGCACGAGGCUGAAGAAAAUCCGGUUAUAUGUAAUUUUUGCAAUCAAUCUUUUAAAUCGCGCAAAACUUAUAACCAUCAUCUUUUAAUUCAUCAAACAAAUCGACCCCGCCAUCAUUGUCAUCUAUGCCCGAAAUCAUUUACUGAACGAUACACUUUGAAGAUGCAUCUAAAAACACAUAACGAUAGCAAUACCCCUACUCCUGUUGACACAAAACCCGGCGACUUUAAAGAAACCGAAGCAGCCAUAAAUAUAUUAGUUGAGAGCAUUGACAGAGAAUUUCAAUGCGUUAUUUGCAAUCUGAAGUUUGAAAGUAAAUCGGCCCAUGUACAACAUUUACAGGAAGAGCAUGAUGUUAUUCCAUAAAUAAAAUUCAAAAAAUAUUCGUGUUUUAAAUAUCGUUCUUUUUUGCAAUUUUAUUUGUUUACAUAAUUCUUGCAAGGUAAUAAGCAGAAAACUGCCGACCAAUUGCAUCGUAUGAAUUAAUAAGUUCGAUAGUUUAUCUCGAUUAAUUGAUCGAAAUAACGGUCCUUGAUUUUAUUGAUACCUUUAUUUUAAGUUAUAGAUAUGCACAUUUCUUCGAUAAUCAGUGGCGAUUAAUCAUACGUCUUACCGCUAAAAAGCCGGUUGCAAAUUUACUUCAUUUUAAUAAAAAUCUGUUUAAUGCAAGACACCGCGUUUUUCAUUCUUAGUAAAUUACAUAGGCUUCGGAAGUAACACAUUCUAAAUAGUGUACAUGUUAUGUGAAAUAUCAAUAACUUCCCAUGAAAGCACAGAAGCAAUUAAUUAAUGGUAAUAAUUAAUAUCAUGA